AUGCGUUUCUCUUCCUCUUUCCUUUCCGUUCUGGCAUUGGCUAGCCAGGCGCUGGCCUUUCCCCUUAAUGAUUUGCCCACAACGGAUUCAGGGCUUGAAGUCAAACUCACUUCCGUCGGAAACACCCGUAUGAAGGCAGUCCUCACCAACACUGCAGACCAUGACCUCUCAUUUUUGAAGUUUAACACCUUCUUCGACGACGCUCCGACUCAAAAAGUGAGAAUAGCGAAGGAUGGCUCAUUGGUCCCGUUCAACGGCAUCCACCGCUACUACAAUAUCGACGAUCUUCCCCAAGAGGCGUUUAUUCCACUAGCCCCAGGCGAGAGUGUUGAAGCUGAGUUCGAUAUUGCGGAGACGUCUGACCUUUCCGCUGGCGGUUCUUACAAGAUCUUUGCCAGUGGCGUGAUCCCAAUUGUAGCCGGUCCAGGAAUUAAAGUCACCAGUGCCGUGAGCUUCUCAACCGACGAGAUGACAGUCGAUGUCGACGGCGCGGAGGCUGCCCAAGUCCAAAGUGCGCUCCCAGAAGCAACACUUGACAAGCGGACCCGAAUCGAUCGCAAUACUUGCACUGGAAACUACUACAAUGCCUUGGCUAGAGCACUGCAGACUGCCGCCGGUUAUGCCAGCCGGGCUGCUCAAGCAGCCCAAGCUGGUAACAGGUUCCAGGAGUUUUUCAAAACCACCUCCCCUCAAGUUCGUCAGAACGUUGCGGCGCGCUUCAGCGCUAUUGCCCAGGAGUGCAGAUCGCCUUCAGGUGGAAGAACCACCUACCAUUGCCAGGAUGUCUACCGCGCCUGUCAACAAGGCAUCAUCGCCUACACAAUCCCGGCAAGAAGUGCUGUUGUCAACUGCCCUCCUUACUGGCGGCUUCCUGCCGUCGUGAACCAGGGCUUUGCACCUGACAUGGGAUAUGUUGUGGUCCAUGAGUUUGCCCAUGCUCCCAGUAUCUUCAGACCUGGUACUGUGGACCACGCAUAUGGUUACGCCCAGUGCGUCAGACUCAACUCCCAACAAGCUCUCAGCAAUGCUGAUAACUAUGCCCUCUUCGCGGCCGCUGCCUCUCGACGUUGA